AUGGAGACAUCUUUGUUCCGUUUGAUUGCUGUUUUUGUGAGCUGCACUGUCCACUUGAUUGAUUGCAAAACUAUUUGCAACAGACCAGCUUCACUUGAGUGGCACCUUAAACAACACUCAGUCCAAAUGAAUUGGACACUCGUAGGAAACAUCUGUAAGAGCGUAGCAGAGUGUUGGGAUUCUCAGGAGGGAGAGGAGUCGAGUGGGCAACCUUUUAACUUCCCACAGAUAUGCCCACUUCAGCUGCAACACGGAGACAAACUGAUGAUGACGACUGAUGAAACGCUGCAGUCAUAUGGCAUCAGAAUCCUCAACGUGUCAAAAGACAACUUUGAAAGCUGUUCCACAAAUGGUCAAAGAGAAGAUCAGUUUCUUUCCCCUCACAAUGUAAAUGGGAGUGAGCAAGUGGAGGCCAAGUGGCUUGUUCCGGGUCACCGUUACUUCAUCGCUCUGCACGAGGGAGAUACGCAGCUGUGCAAGUUCGGCUUAAGGCUCAAUGUGUCUGUGAAAACGCAGCUUUGUCAGGCUUCUCCUCUGCUUCGACUGUGUUCGGGGAACGGUGUUUGUCAAACAGGCCACCGGGAAAGUGCAUACUACUGUCGAUGCCACCACCACUACUCCGGGAGGUUUUGUGAGAAGUUUGAUGCUUGUUUGGACAACCCUUGUGAAAACAAAGGAGUCUGUUUAAGUAAUGGAUCCACGGAUCCAAACCACAGAACAUAUAAAUGUCUGUGUCCUCCACAUUUUACAGGAGUUAACUGCUCUGAAGUCAUCGGGAAAGAAAACUGUGACAGAAUUUGUGAAAAUGGGACAUGCGUUCAAAUGUCGUCUACCUCCUUCAAAUGCAUCUGUGACACAGGAUUCUCUGGCCCGGCAUGUGAGAGAAAAGCCACCUGUGAUCCAAAUCCAUGCAGAAAUGGUGGCACAUGCGAAGAGAGCCCCGAAGGGUUUGCCUCUGAAUGUGUCUGUGCAGAUGGUAAUGUGGUCCCAGCAUGCAGGAGGAAGCAGAACCUGUGCAGCUCAUCACCGUGUCUCAACAAUGCCACCUGUGUGUCCAAGGGAAAAGAUUAUGUCUGCAGAUGUCUGCGAGGGUUUUCCGGGAAGAACUGUGAAGAAAUAAUUGACUACUGCAGGCUGCUCAAUAUCAACUGCCUAAAUGAGGGAUUGUGCUUGAGUGUAAUUGGCGGAUAUCAGUGUGUCUGUGCCCCAGGAUGGAUUGGAGAGUUGUGUCAAUAUGUAAGCGAUGCCUGCCUGAUAAAACCAAACAGGUGUUUGAAUGGAGCUACAUGUUUUACAACAGGUCAGCCAUCAUCUCCCCCACAGUACACCUGCAUGUGCCCCCCCGGCUUCACAGGAACAAACUGUGAAACUGAAGUCAACGAGUGUGAGUCCAACCCCUGUCGGCACAAUGGCACAUGCUCUGACUUGGUAGGCCACUAUGAAUGCCAAUGUCCCACAGGUUUUCUGGGGAAGAAUUGUGAAGUGGACAUAGAUGCUUGUGUUCUUCCCAACAACAUAUGCCCACCAAAGACUCAGUGUUUGGAUCUUCCUGACGGCCUUAAAUAUACCUGCCGUGUACCCUGCCCUCAAAACCUUCAACUAUGUGCCAACGGAGGGCGAUGUGUAUUCAGCGAUGCCAGUAGCUACUCCUGUAUCUGUACACCUGGAUGGACGGGUCAGAGCUGUCGUACAAAUGUAAAUGAUUGUGUUCAACACUGGUGUCAAAACGGAGCUACUUGCGUGGAUGAGAUUGAUGCUUACAGCUGCCUUUGUCCCAGAGGAUACACAGGCAUCUACUGUGAAGAGGACAUCGAUUACUGUGUUGGCCACAGCUGCUCUGAACACAGUGUUUGCCUGGACCAGCAGUAUAACUUUACCUGCCGCUGCAUGCUUGGAUUUGAAGGGCCGCUCUGUGAACUGGAAACAAAUGAGUGCAACAGCUUCCCCUGUGCAAGCGGUGCCACCUGUGUGGACCUAAUCAGUGAUUAUCGGUGCCACUGUCCCCCAGGCUUUGAGGGACGGACCUGCUCAGAGAAUGUAAAUGAUUGUUGGUCGCAGCCUUGUCUAAAUGGAGGCUCGUGUGAGGAUCUGUCAAAUGACUACAUUUGUCAUUGUCCUCUUGGAUUCAAGGGGAAAGACUGCUCAGUAGACAUUGACCUUUGCUCGUUUGGAAUGUGCAGUGAACAUACAUUAAUAUGUGCUGAGACGAAGGGUGGACAGAAUGUCUCUUGCACAUGUGAAAGAGGGUUUGGGGGGUCGUUUUGUGAAGUCAAUCUCAAUGAGUGUGACUCAGAGCCGUGCCAGAAUGGUGGUAUUUGUGUGGACGGCAUUGACUUGUAUCAGUGCUUCUGCUCGGAGGGGUUCGAGGGGCUGAACUGUGAAAUCAACUAUGAUGAAUGUGUCCAUGGAUACUGCGCCAAUAAUUCCACAUGUAUUGACCUGGUUGCAGACUAUGAGUGCAUCUGUCCUUUGGGCUUUGCUGGUAAGAAUUGCUCAACUGCUGUCUCCUCGUGUGCAUCAGAUGUUGAGUUCUGCAAAAAUGGAGGAACCUGUUACCGCAGCUCAGUAGGAGAAUUACAAUGUAUUUGCCCUCCAGGAUACCAUGGCAAUGACUGCUCCUCAUCUGUGAACCACUGUGUGUCAAAUCCCUGCGACCCUGAGGGGACUUUCUUCUGUGAAGGGCUGGCAAAUACUUAUAGAUGUGUGUGUCAACAUGGGUACACUGGGCCGCACUGCAAAACACCUAUCAAGCACUGUGUUGAUGGCCUGUGUCAACAUGGUUCAGUGUGUGUGGAUUUAUCAAAAGGGUUCAAGUGUGAUUGUUUACCAGGUUUUACGGGCCAGUUUUGUGAGAUAAACGUUGAUGAUUGUGAAGAAAAGCCUUGUGGAGUCUUGAGUCUUUGUAAAGACACUCUCAGUAGCUACAAUUGCUUCUGUGCACCUGGAUUUAUUGGAAAUAAUUGCGAGAUUGAAGUGAAUGAAUGUCUCAGCCAGCCUUGUAGAAAUGGAGGCUCCUGCAUUGAUGACCUCAACUCAUUCAGCUGCCAGUGCCCUCCAGGAAUUACAGGGAACUACUGUGAAGUCGAUGUAGAUGAUUGCAUAUUCUCUCCCUGCCUGCACAAUGCCACGUGUGUUGACCUUGUUCAUGGCUAUGGAUGCAUCUGUUUGCCUGGCUUUACAGGUACCAAGUGUGAACUUGACAUUGAUGAGUGUGCUUCAUCUCCCUGCAAGAAUGGAGGCACUUGCAUUGACCAGCCUGGUAAUUACUUCUGCCAAUGUGUGGCUCCAUUUAAAGGUCAUAAUUGUGAGUUCUUACCCUGUGAGGCAAGUAAUCCCUGCGAGAAUGGGGCAGUGUGUGUGGAGGAGUUGGAUCAGGACCAUUUCCCUUUGGGUUUCCGCUGUCAUUGUCGCCGGGGCUUCGCUGGCCCCCGCUGUGAAAUCAAUGUGGAUGAGUGCAGCUCCAGCCCCUGUGUUCACGGCUUCUGCUACGAUGUUGUAGAUGGGUUUUAUUGCCUUUGCAAUCCUGGUUAUGCUGGACUGAGAUGUGAGCAAGACAUUGAUGACUGCGUGAACAGUUUGUGCAGUACCAACUCAGUAUGUAAGGACCUCCAUCUGAGUUAUGAGUGUGUGUGUCACUCCGGUUGGGAGGGGGAGAACUGCCAACAAGAAAUUGAUGAAUGUUUAUCACAGCCCUGCAAAAACAACGCCACCUGCACAGACCUUCUCAACAGCUACAAGUGUUUGUGCUCACCAGGCUGGACAGGUGUGAACUGUGCCGAGGAUGUGAAUGAGUGUGAUUCUGGACCCUGUUUAAAUGGAGCUCAGUGUCAAGAGUCAGAUGUACCUGGGGAGUUCUUCUGCACCUGCCCCCCCUUCUUCAGUGGCCCCUUGUGCAACCAGCCCUAUGACCCCUGUGACCCCCUCCAUAAUCCCUGCCUGCACAACUCCACCUGCUUGACACGCUCCAAUGGAACAGCCUACUGCAGAUGCCCAGCUGGAUUUGAAGGAAGUUGGUGUGAAAUUGACACCAAUGAGUGCAGUUCCAAUCCAUGCCAAAAUCAGGGUGACUGUGUGGACCAGGUCAACGGUUACAGCUGUGAUUGUAAGAUGGGAUUUUCUGGCCUUCACUGUGAGGAAGACAUCAAUGAGUGUGCAUCAAACCCUUGCCUCCAUGGCGGCGUUUGUCAAGACCUUGUGAACAAGUUCCACUGUGUUUGCCCUCCUGGUUAUUUUGGAACGCUCUGUGACCUGGAUGUGAAUGAGUGCGAAGUUUCACCUUGCUUACACGAGGGCAUCUGUAUCAACAAGCCCGGGGGCUUCAAGUGUGUCUGUCGUCCUGGAUACUCAGGGGCAUGGUGUGAAGUUAACAUCAAUGAGUGCGAUUCAAACCCGUGCCAAAAUAGUGGGAGAUGUAUUGAUGCACCUAAUCGAUACCACUGCUUGUGUCCUGAUGGCUUCAUUGGACUCAACUGUGAGGACAACAUUGAUGAAUGCUUGUCAGCGCCUUGCCUUCAUGGGAGCUGUGAGGAUGGAUUACAUGCAUACCUCUGUCUUUGUGAAUCGGGAUGGACUGGCAUCAGAUGUGAAACAAACAUUGAUGACUGUGCUUCCAGUCCGUGUUUGAAUGGAGGCUCUUGUGUGGAUCUCACUGAUAAAUACGCCUGCUUCUGUCAGGACGGUUACACAGGGAAAACCUGUGAGACUGACAUAGACGUGUGCAAAGAGGCUGCUUUUAACGUCUCAUUGUGUUUCAAUGGAGCAACCUGCCUUGAUGGUGAAGGAUCAAACUUUACAUGCAUCUGUCCACCAGGUUUCAUGGGGGAUUUCUGUGAAGUGGAUGUUAACGAAUGUUGCUCAGCUCCCUGCCACAACGGUGCCAUUUGCCAAGAUCUUAUUAAUAGCUACGUCUGCCACUGCAGGUCAGGUUGGACAGGCCUUCACUGUGAGGAUGACAUUAAUGAGUGCCUUCCACAGCCCUGCAACCAGGGGAUAUGCAUUCAGAACGAUCCAGGCUAUGGCUACACCUGUUUCUGUCGUCCUGGUUUUGUGGGGAGGAACUGCAAGAUCAACUAUGAUGACUGCGUGUCGAAUCCAUGUCCAGAAGCAUAUUCCUGUGUAGAUGGCAUCAACAAGGUCACCUGCCUUCCUCUUGCUACGGAUGCUGUUCCCUUGGUGACUGUAGUCAAGAACACUCGCGGCUCCACACCCAGAGUGCUGACGGCAACAAUCAGCCCAGCACCAACAGUUGAGCAAUCCACAGAUUCAAGCUAUGUUCAGUACUUUGGGAAUUCAUACCUGGAGUUUGAGGGUACUGAACUCAGCGCACUCAACAACAUUACUGUGAGAUUCCAAACUCAAGUGGCCAAGGGAACUAUACUAUAUGUGGACCAAGGACCAACUAACGGGGAUUUCUUUUUCAUGAAACUCUUUGUCUUGGAUGGGAUUUUACAGUAUUCCUUUUGCUGUAACGAAGAAGAGGAGGUUACACGGAUCAGCACAUCAACUCAUGUUGAUGAUGGUGAGGUGCACAUUGUUAACAUCAGACAACACUUGACCCCUUGUGAAGCGGAGGUGACUCUUUCUGGUCACAAGAAAGUCAAAAGUACAGCAAGUAAUUACUGGUUGGGACACAUGAUACAAAGAACAAACCAUAUCUUCAUAGGCGGUCUGCCACAACAAAAUCUGCCCAAUCAGAAAGCGAAACCUUUCGACAACUAUACUGGCUGCAUUGAAAUAAUUGAAAUUAAUAAACUCAGGAGUUUCUUUACAUCUGACGCCAUCGCAGGCAGCAACAUAGACCAAUGCAGAUAUAAUUGGCAUGCCAUGGAAGCCUCCACAACAACUUCCUCAAGCCUGCCAACUCAAUCAAUCCCAAAAACCACCACAACAACAACAACAGUGGCAGCUCCUACACAAACACCAAAACAUUCUCUGCAUGAACCUUGCCCUGAUGGUCUUUGCCGCAAUGGAGGAACGUGUUAUCAGCCGCAGCUGCCUGGAGUAGCUCUGCCUUCCUGUCACUGCCCGCUUCAUUUUACUGGAACUUUUUGUGAGAAAGAUACCACAGUAUAUAUUCCAUCAUUUGAUGGCACGUCUUAUUUGGAGCUACCACCUCUUGCAUCCUUUCUCCAGUCUCCUGGUGACAGCAAUAAUCUACCUGCUACUGUCAAAGACACCACUGUUAUUCUCUAUAUGACAGUAAAAACAAGGUCUACACAGGGCACCAUCCUCUACACCCAGGAACAGAACUUUGGGGAAAACUUCCUUCAUGUGUUUCUUCAAGAUGGAAACCCUGUUGCUAAACUUGGCUGUGGUGGCAGUCAUGUUUUGAAUGCAGCAGCAGACCAGAACAUCAACAAUAACAGAUGGAUACCAAUUACAAUCCGAUUCAAUCUGCCUGUUGGCAAACAAGGGGGGCCGUGUAUGAUUGAAAUAGCUGUUGUUAAUGGCACAGCUCAGCGACUCCAGGAGUAUGUUUCACACCCCGUGUCCAAGGGAACCUUUGGGCCCAUUUUUCUUGGGGAUGUCUCAUCCCACUGGGAGACGCAUGAUGGGAGUGCAAAGGGAGCACAGAGAUUCACUGGAUGUAUCAGAGAACUUCAGGUCAACUCAAAGGAGAUUUACCUGGUGGGUGAGGCAGUGAAAGGGAGAAACAUCAAGAACUGUGACCCGCCUGUCUGCCAACACCUUCCCUGUCGUAAUGGAGGAACUUGUGUCAGUGAUGCUGAGGACUGGUUCUGCGAGUGCCCCCCGCUCUACACAGGCCGUCUGUGCCAGUUCACUGCCUGCGAGCGCAACCCCUGCGGUCAUGGAGCCACUUGCAUCCCAAAGUCGCCAUUGGAGGCUGUAUGUCUCUGCCCUUACGGAAGACAAGGUCUGCUGUGUGAAGAACCCAUCAAUAUAACCCGUGCCAGAUUCAGUGGAAGUGAUGAGUUUGGUUACACUUCCUUCACGGCUUAUUCCUCCAUCCCGAGCCUCAGUUUCUUCUACGAGUUCAAGUUGAAGUUCACACUUGCCAAUAACUUGUCUGCGCUGAAAGACAACUUGAUCCUGUUCGCCGGACAUAAAGGACAAGGCAAUGAUGGCGAUGACUUCCUGGUUUUGGGAAUACGGAGUGGAAGAGUUGUUCAUAAAUUCAACCUUGGAUCAGGUGUAGCAACCAUAGUCAGUGAUCGACUGAACCACCAGAUCAGCAUCCACACUGUUGCAUUUGGAAGAUCCAAAAGAACAGGAUGGCUGAAGGUUGAUGGACAACGCAAUAGGACAGGAUCCUCUCCAGGACCCCUGGUUGGCCUCAAUGUUUUCAACCAUCUCUUUGUGGGUGGAUAUAAUGAGUACACUCCUGAGCUACUGCCACUUGGCUCCAGGUUCCGUCAUGGAUUUCACGGGUGUAUUUUUGAUGUGCAAUUUCAAACAAGAAGAGACAGAAAGUUCCAGGUGCUGGGACAGCCUGCGGGACAUCCAGCCUUCGGGCGCAGCGUGGGUCAGUGUGGAGUCACCCCGUGUGUUCAUGUUCGCUGCACGAACGGAGGAACAUGCGUUGACUCUGGCUCAUCUGUGUAUUGCCAGUGCCCAUUUGGAUGGAAGGGAGCGCUCUGUUCUGAGACCGUGUCUGUGUGUGAUGUCGAGCACACUCCCCCUCCUCUGUGUGCCCACGGCUCCACCUGCAUCCCUCUCCCAAAUGGAUACACCUGCCAGUGCCCCCUGGGGACUGCGGGAAUCUUCUGUGAUAAAGCUGUGACCAUCAGUGAUCCAUUCUUCAGUGGGAACCAGUCCUCCUGGAUGUCUUUCUCGCCUAUGAAUAUAAGACACAGGACUGUUCUGCAGCUGCAGUUCCAGUCGUUAUCAGCUGAUGGCAUCCUCGUCUACACUGCACAACAUCUCGGCACCAGAGCUGGAGACUUCUUCUGCCUCUCCUUGACAUCAGGGUUUGUCCAGCUGCGAUACAAUCUAGGGGACAGCACCCAUGUCCUGCAGUCUGCUGAGAGAGUGGACUCGCAUGGCGGGACCUGGCACACAGUUAAGGCUGGCCGUAUUGGUCACAGAGGCUUCCUGAGUCUGGAUGGCAAGGAGGCCAGAGAAAAUGUGACUAAGGGAAUGACCACCCUCGAUGUUGCUACAGACAUCUUUGUUGGGGGCGUGUCCACUCUGAGUUCAGUCUCCACAGACGCAACUGAGGAGGAACCAGUGGGCUUCACUGGCGGCCUUAGAGAACUGAUUCUCAACGGGCGAGAGUUUGAGUUAAAUGAGAAGGGGGCUGUAAGCGGAGCAAACGUAGGGGACUGGGACGGAACUGCCUGUGGAUACAAGGUGUGCCAAAAGGGAGGUCACUGCAGGGCAACAGGAAGUGACUCGUUCACAUGUAUAUGUCCGCCAUCUUGGACAGGCCCUGUGUGUAACCUGUCUGUAAACUGCGUGAACAACACCUGUAAACAUGGUUCCUUAUGCACUGCAGCUAAUGUGACAUCAUACAGCUGCAUAUGCCCCUUAGGAUGGGGAGGGAGAUACUGCGACACAGAAAUGUCCACAGAUACUCUGAAGUUUGUGGGAAACUCUUAUGUGAAAUAUUGGGACCCAAGAUACACUGCCAGAAAUUUAAAAUACACACAAGUUUCUUUCAGCUUCCGACCGACCACAAAUGACAGUUUGAUUACAUGGAUGGGAAAGGCAGAACAGGAAGACGACGACUACCUCGCAGUUGGACUUGAAAGCGGACACCUCAAAAUUGCGGUCAAUCUAGGAGAGAGACUUACCCUCCCGUUAAUGUUCAGAAACCUAACACUAUGUUGCAACAAAUGGCAUGACAUCACUGUAUCUUUUAACAGCACAGUUAUGCAGGUUUUCGUCAACAAUAAGAGGAUCUAUUUUGAUGACGUGGACCCAUUUGAGCGUUACGUAGCCUUAAACUAUGGGGGUCAGCUGUACUUUGGAGGAUUUGAACUGCACAGAAAUGUAUCGAUAGUGACAACUGGGUUGUUUUCAAAAGGUUUCGAGGGAAAUCUCAGAAGUGUGUAUUUGUUUGAAGAUACCAAGCCACUGCAGUUUCUUAAAAAUAGUGAAGGUUUUAAUGUUUAUGAAAGCAAUGAGCAGUAGUGGAAAAUGAAAAUCACUGCAGCUGUAAUACUUGAAAAUAUCCUUUGUGACUUGAUCUCAAACGUAUUAGUUGUGUUUUAUUAUGUCCUACUACAAACUAGUCUUGCAGGUGUUUUAACACUUGGCUGUAGUGUUUUUAAAGGUCAGUGUGAAUGGACAAAUUUUACAAACAUAAUCUGAUGUAAAUUCAUGUCUCUGUGCACUGAUUGUCUGUUUUUGUAGAUGGUCUAAAAAUCAUUAGAAUAGUACAAAGUAAAUCCAGUAUUCAGAUGGUUUUAUCUUUAAUAUAUUUACUGUACAAAGAAAUAUGAGAAUUUUUUUUUAUAAUCAACAAUAAAAAAAGAUUAGCUUUAUUACGAACUGUACAUAAACACACAGUGCAAAGGCACGCUUCAUUUCUAAUGUAUAUUACAAGCCAAAAUAUACAUACAUCUUCAAUAGAAAGUACGUAAAAUAAAAUAAAAUAUUUAGGCAAUUUAAAAGAAACUGAAUGAAACAAAGCUACAGUUUAGAUCUCUGUCCUCAGUUAAAGGUGCAGUGUGUAGAAUUAAGUGGUCACUAGCAGAACUGACUUGGGAGAAACUGAAUAUUAUAUCUGUGGUCAGUAGGUAUGUUUCAUUAUUGUAUAAUUACCUGAAAAUAACAAUCCUAUUUCCCUUACCUUAUUAUGAGCCCCCCAUUACUGGGUCCUCUUUUUACAGAGCCCACCAUGUUUCUAUAGUAGCCCAUAGCAAACAAACCAAACACUGGCUCUAGAGAGGGCCUUUCAUGUUUUUCCACUAGCUUCGUGACUACCGUAGGUGCUUCUGCAUGCUAGGAAAGGGAAGGGAGGGGUAUUCACUUCAGUCACAACCUUCAACCUAACCAGUAAAUGUCACUAAAUCCUACACACUGCACCUUUAAAUGUUUUUUGUUACAUUCAUGCCAAAUAUCUGAACUUAAAACUGUUCACCAAAUGGUCCACACUUCGGUUGUAUGUUACCAUGAGACUGAAAACAUUAACUGAUCGUUUGUAGUCAGUACAGCAGCUCAAUAUGAACAAGAUAUAUACAAAAGGUUAAAAAUUUAAUAUUGAAAUGUUCCAAAAUUGAGUUUGUCUGAAGAGAACACGUUCUUCAUAAUUCCACUGAAAUGAUAGCUCAUUUUGGCUGCACUGUAAAUAACAUAAAAUUGAACUUCUAUGAAGAAAAUGGCAUAUACUGUAAGCUGCGAUCGGUGAGUAAAACAACACAAAAACUCCACUAGCAGCCAAAGUAGCUGAAGUGGUUUGAACCAGCCAACACUCUCUAGCAGGACUUUUUUUUAAAUAAAAAAAAAACAUAAUUAUGAGUAACUGUCUUUUGAACUUCUCCGUCCAUUCUCAUAAUCAGAGUCCCGUCGAUGUCUGUGUCUGUCCUUGUGACGGCUGCUGUAGUCAUCACUGUGGUGCCUCUCUUUCCUCUUCUCACCGUAGCGGUCGUCGUGGUGCCUACUCCUCUCUCUGUACUUGUCGUUGUGGCUGCGAUCAUGUUUUUUCUCCCGUUCGUGGUGUCUGCUCUUUUUCCCGUGAUGGGUGUCUCUGUGGUGGCUGUGCCUCCCGUGGUCUCUGUCCUCUGUGUUUCGUGGCCUCUCCCACGGGUCACUGUAUCGCUCCUCUAGACGCUUGUUGUCUUUGGCCAGGGAGGGAGGUCGGCCAGAUGGCUCGGGGUAACUCUCAGGGUACUGUGAAUCAAGUCCAGGAAUAGCAUGUGAAGCGCUAUCCUGAGCCCACGGCGUACCAUGGUUCUGAUCCUGGGUGUGUGUAGUGGAGAAAGUGUUAGGAGGAGGACCAGGUGGGUAAUUGUAGCUGCCAGGUACCUGAGGCUGUUGCUGCUGCAGUGGGAAAGGUGCAGCGCUGUUGUAUACUGGGAGAGGUGGUACUGUUAUUGAGUCAUGUUGGAUUUGAGAGGCUUCUGUGUAACACGCUGUUUGUGGUCCUUGAACUGUAGGAGGGUAUGCAGUCGGAGUUACCAUAGCACCAGACUGGAACAUGCCAGAAUCUCCCUUCUCACUCACAAGUGAUCGAAGAGUUUGGUUUUGUUGCUCAGGUUUUUUCUCUGCCUGAGACAUCUGUAAAAAUCCUUGGUGAAACGGUAUAACUGGAUCAUUUCUGCUGCUGCUCAACACAGGAACAGGUUUAGUACUCAGAGGAGCUGGGUGGCUGGUUUUAUCCUUUUGUAGCACCAUUGUUUUAUCUUCAUUCACACUGGAAUAAGCAGAGGACUUUUUCAAUAUUCCACUUAAAGGGGGUUUUGAGCUAUUUGUGUGAUCUGAAGCAGUCUGGGAUUCUGCCUGCGACAAAGAAUUCCCUUCAGUCGUUCCUUUUUCAGUUUCAGACAAAAGGCAGGCGUCGCCUUUGUUUGCUGCAGCAGUGCUACUAGUUUCAGUCCCACUCG